AUGGACCAUGAUACCUUGCAACCCCCAUCACAAUAUUCGCAAGCUCUCACGCAACUCACAAACCUGAUUCACUACGCCCAUGAUCUCUUCCUGAUCAAGUGUGAUGGGGGAUUGAUCCCACCCUCAUCCCUCAAACUGAAUUGGGAAGACGUGGGAGACUAUCAUGAAAAUGUCAGCGAAUUUAUCCGAUUGGCUUCACCACUGACAGCAUCUCUGCGCGGUCUCGAAACCGCCUCUUGGCAAGAAUAUGGCUUUUUCACAACCAUGGCGUUAUCGGCCUUGCAAGAUGGAGUGGAACGUAUCUCCAAGGCUGAGGCGAAGCGAGAUGAAGAACUUCAGAGAACAGGACUACGUCUAAAUCGAGUGUUUUCCACCUCGGAACUGGCAUCACUAUCAUCACCAUCAUACAAAGCGACCGGGAUGACACGACCAGUCGACUUUGACCCAUCACAAAGACUUUGGACUGUUUGUCUGAUGGAAGAUCUCAUGAAAACUCUCUGUUCUAUUCAAGAUACAGGUUCAAUUCCACCCUCAUGGACACAACAUACUCUUGAACAUAUACAACCAUCUGCCUAUGGGCGAUGUUUCAUCCGAUCCCCUCUGGACACUCGUCAUGAUGUUUUGCCCGAACCCGAUCUUGACUUUUCCACUACUCGUACACUCUACAACCACGAACGUAGUGCUCGUAUGUAUCUGCAGUUGGCAGUGACUGAACUAACCGUUCUUGCUGGAAUAGGAAAUUGA